CCAUCCCAGUAAAGCAAGACCAAAACUUACCUCUGCUGCAGAGGAGAAGCUCAUUUAGAGGUGCCAACCUCAGAAAUCACCAAUUAACAGCACCUCAGAUUAGAGCCGUUAUGAAGGCUUUACAGAGCAUCAGUAGCAGACAUAUCUCAAUAUCAGAUAGAAACAUGCUGGUGAAGGUCAAGUAUGACGGAUAUAUGAAAUACAUCAAACUUCAGUCUGGAUUCUCAUACACAGAUUUCAUCACUGAAGGUGAGCAACUGAUAGCACUUUAUUAGCAUGUAGAAUCCUAAAUGUAAGGGUCAUUCUGAAAGUAUAAACUUUUAAACUUUGUCAUUCACUUUCAUUCAUCAAGACAGAGAUUUCAAAUCAGUUUACUAAUAUUUAUUUUGUCAAUAUUCAUCUCUAUGCAUCAAGAACAGGUAAAUGGUCUGUUCACAAACAGGUAGUGAUUUAAUAGGGAGCUGUGUGCUCGUGUAAUUUUCAUCUUCUCAAACUGUGCAAGAAAGUUUAUAUAUCUUCAGUUUGUCUUUGCGUUGAGGAAAUUAUUUAUUUUGCAGUCAAAUGCAAAUUUGGACUGUCAGAUGGAGCUCGACUCUCCAUGUUUGAUGAGUCUUACACUGCAGUGGAAGACGACGUACUUCUUGAGCUGGUUGAAGCCAAUCCUGACUUGUGCCUAAUAGUUCAAGACAAUGUCUGGUCUGUCUUUAUAAUUCAGUUGAAAUAAGUGUGCAUUUUUGUUUACUUUUAAAAUACAAAUCUUAUGUUAAAUAAUAUAAUGCUUGAUUUUACAAAUUUAUCCUUUACAAAUACCCUCUCCCACUCGUCAAGUGAAGGAGAUAGCUGCAUUGAAUGGGGUGUUCCUAUCAUUGGAGAGAGGACAGAAUCUGCUUGUCCCAGAACAAGCAAAUCAAACUCGGAAGCUGCAAAGGAGAUGGUCAGAGAUGCUUUGCUGACAAAAUCAGGUGGUCAGGAAGGGACUCUUCAUGGAAGCAUAGCACCAGAAGACAGCUUGUCAAUAUACUGGUUGCUCACAUGAUUGAGAAGCAUGGGAGGAUCCCAACCCGAAGUCAGAUGGAAAAGUAUGCUUUGGGGAUUGUUAUGUUGUUUCCCUCUCUGAAGGAUCCCUUCUCUCCAAAGGGCUAUGAGCACUUCUAUGAUGCUAAAAAAGGUACAGGGUUCCUAGCUUGGCGGUUGAAGACCAGCACAAGAAACAGAGGUCAGCGUCCUGCUAGUCCACCCUCAGCCUCAAGCCCUGAACAAGGACCAAAGCGCAGGAGACAUGCAGCUGCUACAGUGACACAGCUGGAGGGAGAUGCCUGCAAGGAGGCUAUAGCAUUUCUUGUUCAUGCAAGUGAUGAAGCAAGUGUCUUUCACAAGAUGAAAGAGACAUUCAAACAAGUCUUUCCUAGAUUUUUAGAUGUGAAAGGAUUGCUGAACAGCUUGAAGAUGCUGAAACUAACUGGGACAGUGAUAUGGCCUCCCUGCUGUUGCUUCUCCAUCUCCUGCCACCUGCAGCUGGACGCAGAAGGGUCAAAAUAAGCCCCACUGAUGCUGUGGACAAACUUGUGCAUUUUCACAAGUCUUGCUGCAGCAUUGAUGACCACCUGAAGGGAAGAGAAGGUCAGCUGCCAUACCUACUUGCUGUUGGCAGAACCAAGAGCGCAACUGACAGGUUCUACAUUGUUGUGGACGAACAGCUCAUCCCUUGCCAAGGAA